GACUGUUGCUCAGGUGACCAGCGUGUCUCCGGGAGGGCACACAGCCGGGCCCACAACUAGCGAGACAGCCGGCCGAGAUGAUCCAGAAUGUCGGAACCCACCUACGCAGGGGCUUUGCCUCUGUGUUCUCCAGCCGCACGUCCCGGAAGGCGGCCUCACGUGCAGGGGACGCUGGCACCAUGGCGGACGACGAGGAGUACCGGAAUCCCACGGAGGUGCAGAUGAGCCAGCUGGUGCUGCCCUGCCAUACCAACCAGCGCGGCGAGCUGAGCGUGGGGCAGCUGCUCAAGUGGAUCGACACCACCGCCUGCCUGUCUGCGGAGCGGCACGCAGGCUGCCCUUGCGUCACGGCCUCCAUGGACGACAUGUACUUUGAGCACACGAUCAGUGUUGGACAGGUGGUGAAUAUCAAGGCCAAGGUGAACCGGGCCUUCAACUCCAGCAUGGAGGUGGGCAUCCAGGUGACCUCUGAGGACAUGUGCUCUGAGAAGCAGUGGAGCGUGUGCAAGGCCCUGGCCACCUUUGUGGCCCACCGGGAGAUCUCCAAGGUGAAGCUGAAGCAGAUCAUGCCACGGACAGAGGAGGAGAAGACCGAGCACAGCGUGGCUGCCGAGCGCCGGCGCAUGCGGCUGGUCUACGCCGACACCAUCAAGGACCUCCUGGCCAACUGCGCCAUUCAGGAUGAACAUCCAAAUGCCACUGCUGCCCUGGUCGGGACAGAGGGUGAGGGAGAGCUAUUGAGAGCGCGACAGUCUGGAGCCAGGCACUUGUCAGCCGUGGUCACGUUGCGUCGUCACGCAGCCCUGUGGGGUUGGUUUGACAUCUGCCCUUCAGGGAUCUGGGCCUGGAUGGAGAACGUGGCCACCAUCGCGGCCAGCCGGUUCUGCCGUGCCCACCCUACCCUGAAGGCCAUUGAGAUGUUCCACUUCCGAGGCCCGUCCCAGGUGGGGGACCGACUGGUGCUCAAGGCCAUCGUGAACAAUGCCUUCAAGCACAGCAUGGAGGUGGGCGUGUGCGUGGAGGCCUAUCGCCAGGAGGCCGAGACCCAUCGGCGGCACAUCAACAGCGCCUUCAUGACCUUCAUGGUCUUGGACGUGGAUGACCAGCCCCAGAUGUUGCCCCGGAUUCGGCCCCAGCCAGGGGAUGGUGAGCGGCGCUACCGAGAGGCCAGUGCCAGGAGGAAGAUCCGCCUGGACAGGAAGUACAUUGUGUCCUGCAAGCAGGCGGAAAUGCCCCUCUCCGUGCCCUGGGACCCUAGCAACCAGGUGUACCUGAGCUACAACAACGUCUCCUCCCUGAAGAUGCUGGUGGCCAAGGACAACUGGGUGCUGUCCUCGGAAAUCAAUCAGGUCCGCCUGUACACUCUGGAGGAGGACAAGUUCCUCUCCUUCCAUAUGGAGAUGGUGGUGCACGUGGAUGCAGCCCAGGCCUUCCUGCUGCUCUCGGACCUGCUUCGGAGGCCAGAGUGGGACAAGCACUACCGGAGCGUGGAGCUGGUGCAGCAGGUGGAUGAGGACGACGCCAUCUAUCACGUCAUCAGCCCUGCCCUGGGUGGCGAUGCCAAGUCCCAGGACUUUGUGAUCCUGGCCUCACGGCGGAAGCCUUGUGACAAUGGAGACCCCUAUGUCAUUGCGCUGAGGUCCGUCACGCUGCCCACACACCGUGAGACUCCGGAGUACAGACGUGGGGAGACCCUCUGCUCAGGCUUCUGCCUCUGGCGUGAGGGGGACCAGCUGGCUAAGGUGUCGUACUACAACCAGGCCACUCCCGGCUUUAUCAACUACGUGACCACCAACGUGGCGGGCCUCUCCUCUGAGUUCUACACCACCUUCAAGGCUUGUGAGCAGUUCCUCCUGGACAACCGGAACGACCUGGCCCCCAGCCUCCAGACUCUCUGAGUGCCCUCAGUGCCAUCCUGUUCCCA